AGGGUCGAAAAUGGGCAAGGGGAAAUUUUAAUCUAGGGUUUAGUAAACCCUAACUGGAUACUGAAUCUGAAGUAAGAGGGUUGUCGACGGGUCGAGAUCGAGCCUCGGAAGAGGGAAUCGCAGCGAAGUCCACUAUGCCGAAGCAAAUUCAUGAGAUUAAAGACUUCCUCCUCACUGCAAGGAGGAAGGAUGCACGCUCUGUGAAAAUCAAGCGGAGCAAGGAUGUAGUGAAGUUCAAGGUCCGUUGCUCCAAGUACCUGUACACUCUGUGUGUGUUUGAUUCUGAGAAGGCUGAUAAGUUGAAGCAAUCACUUCCUCCAGGUUUAAGCGUGCAGGAUGUGUGAUUCUUACUGCUGUUGAUGAAGAUCAAGUUUUGCUUUGGAUUUUGGGGAUUCAUAUUUAGUGAAAUGGUUCACAGAUUUUUCUUAUCUGUUGUUAUUUUUUGGGAUCAUAUUAGUAUUAAGUUUAAGACAUAACCAACUUGGUUGGGGAUUAUGUGACUAGUUGAUUAAACGUCGUUAAUUUGGCGUCAAUACAUUUCCAGUCGUUUAUGCAUUCGUUUUGGGCUGAA